AUGGCAAUCCUCGGCCGGCCCUCGGGGAGGCUUAUCCUGGCUGCGCUCUGCGUCCCCGCGGACGACCCGACGUUUCCCGCCGCGAGACCCUGCGACCGGUCGUGCGCCUCGUUUCCGGACACCUCGGACGUCCUGAUCGUGGUGCGGACCCGCGCGGCCUCGUCGCGCGCCCAGAUCCCGAGCCAGCUCCUGACCGUGCUGCGGUGCGUCCCGGACUUCCUGAUCUUCUCGGACCGCGAGGAGGACGUCGCGGGGUUCCGCGUGCGCGACAGCCUGGACACGGUAGCGCCGGCGGUGAAGGACGGAAACCCGGACUUUGACGUCUACCGGCGGCAGCAGGACUGCCGCGCGGGCCAGCCGGACUGCGACCCCGGCGGAUCGUCCGAGGCCCGGCGGCUGGAUCGGUACAAGCACGUGCACGUCGCCGAGAAGACGUACCAGCUGCGCCCCGGGUACCGCUGGUACCUCUUCGUCGACGCCGACACGUACGUCCUCUGGCGCAAUCUCGUCGCGUGGCUGCGUGGGGUCGGCUCCGACACCGGGGAGCACCACUACGUCGGCAGCGUGUCGGUCGUCGACGGCUUCGCCUUCGCGCGCGGCGGCAGCGGCUACCUCCUCUCGCAGGCGGCCCUGCGCGGCCUCGUCGAGAACCGCACGGGUGUCGGCGCGCAGUACGACGCGCUGGCCAGGCGGUCGCGCCGCGGCGACUACGUCCUGGGGGCCUGGCCGGCCCUGAGCGGCGAGAGUCCGUACACGCUGUCCUACGAGCCGGGCGCGUGGUGCCGUCCGGUCCAGUUCGAGCAGGCGUUCUACCGGGCCCUCGGCGGCGCCCCCGCCCUCCGCCUGCGCGACAUCUACGCCGGCUUCGUCGCGCCGGCGCUGGUCGCGGGCCGCGACGACUGGGACAACCUCAGCGCCGACGUCCCCGCCCCCGACCCCGAGCGCGCCGCCCACCGCUCCCCCGAGGACUGCCGCCGCGCUUGCGACCGAGCGCCCGGCUGCCUCCAGUUCGCCUACCGCGCCGGCGCCUGCGCGCACCACCGCGGCGUCCGGCUCGGCGGCCCCGUCCGGAGCGCCGCGGAUACGGGCCCCGCCUGCGUCAGCGGCUGGGCCGUCGACAGGAUCCAGGCCUGGAUCGGGCGGCAGGGCGCGUGCGGGGAGCCCGCGUGGCCCGAGGUGUAA